GACAGUAAAACCAACUGAAGGACCCGCUGAGUGAGGCUAGAUUGGCCGAUUAAACAGACGAGAAAGGGGAGGAGGAAAGGGAAUUCCUUUUCGCCCUUUUCCUGUUCAGAGCAUCUUGCGCAUCGAGAGCUGUGCGCAUAUUUUCUAUACGUGUGGAGCACCGGGGGUGGAGGGUUCUGUGCAGAUCAACAGACACCACGGCCUUUUUCUCUUGAUAUGAGACCCGUUGUAUCCUGAUGCACCGAUGCGGGAGGAAAUGCGACCUAUGGAGUGCUGAUUUGGCGAUUUGCAGCUUUACAAACUCAUAUUUGUUUUUGCGCGAUCCAAGAGGCUUCGCUGAUCUUUCUGCAGCCCUGUUUUUUUAAUAACUGCUGCAGGCUGAGAGACGAGCUGCCAGAGUCCGCUGAAUGUUACAUAACCGAGUGGCUUUAGCUGUCCAAGGUGCUGAACUGAGCGUUUGAACCUCAAAAGGGAGACGAGUCGUGGGGGAUACACAGCUUUACAAGGUCAAAGGCCUGGAAGGCGCUGGAUUCCACCUCGGUGAACAGAAAGGAUUAAAACCAAAAUCGCUGGGUUAUAUUGUUCAUAUUUUAGCUUCACGUCGUCCCCCUGGGGAGAAAUUAGUUUCUGUGGUGGUUGAUCGAGCGGAGAGGGAAAAUGUCGGGACAGACGCUCACGGAUCGCAUUGCCGCUGCGCAGUACCAGCUAACGGGAUCAGAUAUGGCCCGAGCUGUCUGCAAAGCCACCACUCACGAAGUGAUGGCGCCCAAGAAAAAGCACCUGGAAUACUUGGUGUCAGCCACCAAUACUACCAAUGUAAACAUCCCUCAGAUGGCUGACACACUGUUUGAGCGAUCCACCAAUGCCAGCUGGGUGGUCGUUUUCAAGGCUCUUACCACCACUCAUCACAUAUGUGUCCAUGGCAAUGAGAGAUUCAUUCAGUAUUUGGCUUCCAGGACUUCCUUGUUCAACCUCAGCAAUUUCAUUGACAAAACUGGCUCUCAUGGCUAUGACAUGUCUACAUUCAUCAGGAGGUAUGCACGGUACCUGAAUGAGAAAGCCUUCGCCUACCGCCAGAUGGCUUUUGACUUCACCAGGGUCAAAAAAGGUGCUGAGGGAGUGAUGAGAACCAUGACCACUGAGAAGCUGCUGAAAGGCAUGCCUGUUCUGCAGACUCAGAUCGACACACUUCUGGAGUUUGAUGUUCAUCCGAAGGAGCUAAACAAUGGGAUCAUCAAUGCUGCCUUCAUGCUUCUCUUCAAAGAUCUGGUGAAGCUAUUUGCAUCCUAUAACGAUGGAAUCAUCAACCUGUUAGAAAAAUUUUUCAAGAUGAAAAAAAGUGAUUGUAAGGAGGCCUUGGACAUCUAUAAGAGGUUCCUGACCAGGGUGACAAAAAUUGGGGAAUUCAUGAAGCUGGCUGAGACAGUCGGAGUGGACAAAAACGACAUUCCUGACAUCAACUAUGCUCCCAGCAGUAUCCUGGAGUCUCUGGAAACACACAUGAAUGGUCUAGAGGAUGUAAAAGGUGGAAAGAAAGGUGAAGGGUCUCCAACAAAGGGGUCUCCAACAAACAAUGUGUCUCCAACAUCGACUCCAGCCAAAUCUUCAAAUGCCGUUCCCACACUGCAGCCGCCUCCUGGGGACAGCGCUGCAGCAGCUGCCGCUGCUCCUGAACCAGCUGAAGAUUCUUUAUUGGAUCUGGAUCCUCUGGCCUCCACUGGUCCCUCAGCACCAUCAGCUGCACCGACAUCUUGGGGAGAUCUGCUUGGAUCAGAAAUGGGCGAUUCCUUGCUAUCUGAAACCCAACUCGCCGCAGAGGCCGCCCCCUCCCCUGCAGCAGCAGCACCCACUCCUGCAGCGGCAGAACCCAACGUCUCUCUAGCUCCUCCUACUAGCACAGCAGCCGCCACGUCCCCCGGUGCCACCAAUAUGGAUCUGUUGGGAGACGCCUUUGCGACUCCUGCUCCUUCCACUGAGGCCACCGCUGCAGCAGAGGGUGGGGCUGCUGCUUCAUCUGCCCCAGCCACUAACUCUGGAGCUGACCCUUUUGCCCCGUCAGACGACAAUACCAACGCUGCAUCUUCAGAACUAGAUCUUUUUGGGAUGAUGACAGUGGAGAACAGUAGCUCACUGGACGUCUGUUUUAGCUCUAUGGAGACUCAGCCCUCCCCUUCCCCAUCCCCCUCACCGCUCUUCACUUCCACAUCCACCACCAUCACCACCACUGCCACCAUUUCAGGCUCCGACAUCACCAGCCCUGCGACUGACCUCUUUGGUGAUAUUUUUGACGCCAUGCCAAACUCAAGCCUCUCAAAAACGGAUCCCUUGCCCAGCACUGACUUGUUUUCUGCAGCCGAUUUGUUCAGCCCCCCUGCUCCUAUCCUCUCCUCUGCACCACCCAAAAUUGACACAGGAGGCAUCAUGAGCUUGUUUGGUGAGUCCACAGGAGGGGAUGCCCCAGCUGCUGCUGCACCAGCUCCUGCUCCUGCCGCCGCUGCUCCAAGUUCAGAGCUCAUGUCAGUAUUUGAUGGGCUAGGCGACAUAAUGAAGCCCACUGUGACCCCUCAGGCGGGUGAUGUUGACACCUCUAUGGCUAACAUGGCAAGUAACCUCACAAUGGGAACUGCAGCGGCUCCUCAGGUAGCUCCCCCUAGUUGGGGUGCACCCAUGGCUGGGGCUCCAGUUGCCGGAGCACCAAUGAUGCCCAUGGCUAGACCAGGCUUUCCUGCCACAGGAGCGGCCCCUGGAGCACCGAUGUCUCCUGGAAUGGCCCAAAGCCCAAGAAAGCCCCCACCACCCAGGAAUGCUCUGGAUGACCUGAAUAUCAAGGACUUUAUGUAGACUGCCUGACCCAUAAACCCCAAGGUUUGUCAUUGUGUCUGGAGCUCUGUGGAUAUGGAUGUCUGUACCCGUCCCAGCCUCUUCUUCAGCCAGCCAGCCAGCUAUCAUCUCUUCUAUCGUUCCCCUCUAACCUUCCACCAGCUUUGACUGAAAACCCACCCUCGUUAUCUAAUGUUGUAGCACAACUGUGAAUAUGAACCCUAGAUACAGAAAAUCAGUUAUGUUUCAAUGUGUGUGAGUGUGUGUGUAUUUCAGUGUUAACCUUUACUUAAUAUACUAUGGAAAGAUAAAUGACCAAAAAAAAAAAAAAAAAAUCAAUAAAUGUGUAUUUAGAUUCA